CACGACAGCGCGCGGUCGGCUCGGCCAUCCCCCUCUCUCGACAGACUCGACAGCUCGAGAUCCCCGCGCCCUGCCUGCCAUGACGGUCGGCCUCGCGCUCCUCCUCGACCUCACCUCCCGCCUGCCCCGCGCCGGGGCAUCCGCCGCCGCCCACUCCCACGCGGGGCUCUCUGCCGCCGCCGUCGCCGCGACCGCCGCCGCCGCCUUCUCCUCCACCGGGGUGCCCCUCUCCGCGCGCCACCUCUUUGGUUUUCCUGGGAUUACUGUUGCUCAUUGCGAUGCUGGCACAACUGCUGGAUGGAACGAAGCUCCUGAACUUAUUAACGAUCUGAAUAACAAGAUUCGCGACUCCAUCCAACGAGCAAGAACAGACUACUUCCAAUACCCAACGAAGGAAUACCACUUGGAGCUGAAACCGCUCUUCUCUGCAUUUGGGUUGAAGAAUUUCACCAUCACAACCCUGAGGUCCUUCCUAUUGUAUUAUUUGCCACUCGUGCCUAAACCUCACACUGAUUCUGAUGAUGAGGAUGACGAUCUGCUUGAAGAGGCUCCCAGAGAGCCUGUGGAUCUGGUUACUCCCUUCUACAAUUCAGUGAAGCAAAUCAUGCGUGAGACUUCUAUUGUAACUACCAGACGAGUAUUGGAAAGGAUUGUAGUUCGUCAUGUUUCACAAAGAACAGCAUGGAAACUUCUCAAAGAUGCUUCUAAAUCAGCAAAGAGGAAAGCUGCAAGGGGUAUGUCGACUCCAGAGUACACAUUCUGUGUUGCCAGAACAACUUUCCGAGCACAUGCACUGGGAGUAUCUGCUGCUUGGGUCGUGCAAUCCUUAAUUGAGGUGUACAGAUGUUUCAUCCGUAAGCCUAGUGAGGAUGACGAACUGCCUAGUAACGGUGAUGAACAGUUUGAUGAUACGGAUAAAUUCAGAUUGUUUGGGAGGAAGAUUUAUGGCAUUACCAUCAAAAGUUGUUUCUCUUUGGUUUUGGCUUCAAUUGGAGCAGGGAUUGGUGCCCUCUUGCAUCCAGUACAUGGACAAUGGUUUGGUUGUGCCUUGGGAGACGUGGCAGGUCCUGUUAUUGCUAUAAUUGUUUUUGAGAGGAUGCAGCUACCUCUGUAAGAAACUGGAUUUUCGACAGUUUUCGCACCCUGUGCAAGUCUUCGCCAGUCUGCUCUGUUUCGAGAUGUCUGAUCUAACUUGAAAGCUCACAGUUGAUGAAUAAUAGCUAUCACCUAUGUGCUCAUAGUUUAGUAACUUUUCUCAAUACGCCUUUGGGCUUUGUGAGAUCUGAACAUGUACUUGCUAAAUUUUGUACUCAGAUUUUGGAAGAGAUGAAACUUGGAUGAGCAUUUUUUGUUAAUUGAUUUUGGCAACAAGUCAA